AUGAGCAUUGUUUUGGAUCCCAGGGAAGGAAGCCGUUUUAUGUUUUGGUGUGACUAUGCAUACCAUCCUUCUAUAAAAAGAGCUGGAAUGGAUGGAACCAACAUAACGGUGAUUGUAUCUGAGAAAAUCAAAUUUAUCACUUCCCUGACCAUUGAUUACCCAAAUCAAUAUCUCUACUUUGUUGACAAAGAUUUGGAUUUUAUUGAUUUCUGCGAUUAUAAUGGAAAACAUCGGCAACGUGUGUUAUCAAGUUACAGUCUUCUUCAGAAUCCUCGUGGUUUGACAGUGUUAGAGGAUCGUGUUUAUUGGAUUGAUCGAGGUACAAAUGUGAUUUAUCACUGCAAUAAAUUCAGGUGUGACAGAAAGAAGAUAAUCAGUUCUCAUUUCCGCACACUUCAAGAUAUUGUUAGUUAUUCUAAAGUGAGACAACCAUCAAGUUCUAAUCCUUGCUUCCAGUCUUCGUGUAGCCAUCUAUGUCUGCUGUCUCCAUUAAAUCCAGGGUAUAAGUGUGCUUGUCCGAUUACAAUGCAACUUGACAAUGACGGGAGAAAAUGUGUUACAUGUAAGUACUAA